AUGUCAACACAAUCUGAAUUCGAUGUUAUUUUAAAAGAGAAAUCUGAAAUCUUCCAUGAAUUAUACAUUGACCAGUCAAAGAGGCAAACAGCGAAAUUAGAUGAUUUCCAACGUAUCUGCACUAUAGGACAAGGUGGUUUUGGUCGUGUCCUACUGGUACGUCAAAUUGAAAGUGAUAAAUAUUUUGCGUUGAAAAUUCUAUCGAAAUUACAAGUGAUUAAAACACAUCAAAUUAAUAAUGCCAUUAAUGAGAAACGUAUUCUGUCUGCAUAUCUUGUGGUGAAUUUAAUACAAGUGGAUUUAAGUCGACGUUAUGGUAAUUUAAAAAAUGGUAUACAUGAUAUUAAAUAUCAUGAUUAUUUUCAAAAUUUAAAUUGGUUACAAUUAUAUCAUUUAAAACUGAAACCACCAUAUAAACCAUUAUGUCAUAGUCUGGAUGAUACAAGACAUUUUGAUGCAUGUAAUGAAGAGCAUCUUGAAUUGGAUGAUAAAGAACGAUUUAAAAGUGUAUUUGAAGAUUUUUAA